GCAGCCUAGUUUCCUAUCGUCGCAAAUACGAAUUUUGCUAAUUGAAACAGGCCAAUUCAUACAUGGAUCACACACGAUAAACAACGAUGUUAUCGUAAAUUGUUAUUGAAUCUGUUAACAGGAUAUAAACGACUAUUCAAUAUUGUGUCCGUACUGACCUGGAAUGGCCUGCGAUAAAACGUACAGUGUAACCUGAAUGGGAACAUGAACAGAGAGCAUGAGAAGAAUUCAGGGCAAAUAGUAUUACAUAAGAUAAUACGCGACCGAAAUGGUAGCCAAUCGUGAAGCCAUUCCCAGCAUGGAUCUGGAAAGAUAGCGUGCUGAGCGGUUACAGUUAUUUGAUUACGUAAUCUAAACACACAUUCACAACUUUGAUGUCCACAAUAUUGUUAUCGACUGUUGGGUGAUUUGAACCCGCGCUCUUUGCCCGCUGAAUGUGAAUUUCCCUAGCUAGCUAGCUGAAUAGCUAUCAAACACGUGCAUACUUCACUGCAUUUGGUGAUGAACUCCGAUGACUCGCACUGCUUGGCUACCAUGCUAUUGGCUCAAGUUAACCGGAGUUUGCAGCCAGUGACUCUUGCUGAUGGAUCCACAGUUUACAUCCAGUGUACCCCAGCAGAUAAUAAGUUCAUGGAUGGACAGCUCAUUCAGUUGGAAGAUAGAUCUGCAGCACAUUAUGUAUCAAAAACAGACGAGACCAGCAAGUGGACAAGUUCUCCACUGUGUGAUGUGAUCGGGAGUGAUGGUCUGAGACUGGAGAACGGUCAGGCUGUACAGCUGGAAGAUGGCACCAUUGCUUACAUACAGACCCCCAGAGAGACCUAUGGCCAGAAUACACUGCAGGCUGUCCAGUUGGAAGAUGGCACCACAGCCUAUAUUCAGCACACUGUGCACAUGCCCCAGUCCAAUACCAUUCUGGCCACCCAGGCAGAUGGCACAGUGUCAGACUUCAAUGAUGGCACCAUCGACCCAGAGACCAUCAGUGUGCUGGAACAGUACGCUUCCAAGGUAGAAGCUGAUAAGCCUGCCACUAACUCGGGUAUUAUGGAAACCGAUCAAGAUGAAACUGUGCCCAUGCAGGUACAUGAAAGGGUGCACACCAGUGGCCAGCCAUAUCUGUGUCAUUUCAAAGGCUGUGGGAAGAAGUAUGGUACAGGCUAUGACUUAAAAAGUCACCUUAAGACACACACAGGGGAGACACCUUACCGCUGCCAAGAACUGACUUGUCGAAGAUCAUUCAGGACGUCAGGACAACUCCUGGCGCAUGUCAGGACCCACACAGGUGAAAGGCCAUUUUCGUGUCCGUUUGAGGGGUGCGGAAGAACGUUCAUCGCCUCAAACGCCAGGAAAGUGCACAUUCGCAAACACACCGGCGAGAGGCCGUACACCUGUGCGGAGCCAGGCUGUGGACGCUCCUUCACCUCCACCGGCAGCUACAGGAGCCACAUUAGGAUCCACACAGGAGAAAAGCCGUAUCUGUGUACGGUCCCAGGUUGUGACAAGCGAUUCACCGAAUACUCAACCCUUUACAAACACCACGAGGUCCACAUACCGUUCAACCCAUACAGCUGCAACCACUGUGGGAAGUCCUACAAGACGAUUUCCUCCCUGGCCCGUCACAAACUCACUGCGCACCAAAACGCAGAAGUCAUUGAGGAGGAGCAGGAGGCCUACUUUGAAUCUCCUGCAGAGAAUCUUAGAAGCCAUUGAUGACCCCCCUGUGAACUUUAGUAUGACGGUUGAAGAGGAGGAGGAGCCUGGCACAGAACAGAUGACUGAAGCAGAGGCCAUUAGUCAGCAGCAUUUGGCUCCCCUCACACACAAUGGAAGUCAACAGUGAACAGCCCACUCUAGAAGAAGCCAUCAGAAUAGUAUCCAGGAAACAUCAAGAAGAAACGCAUGGAUUAGAAGAUUUACUCGUACUACUGUGGAGAAUAUUUGACUGGUCUGGAUGGGCAGAAGUACUGGAUACUGAUUUUACAGUGUUCUACAUUGAAGUUAAUGCUUAUGAAACAACAUCAUUAUUCAUUCAAUUUUGUACAUAGUUAUUUAAAAUAUCUGCACAAAGACUUUUGAAAGUCUUGAAAGAUGAUUUCGAAAAGUUACAGCAGGAACUUUUUUAAAAUCUUGGUGAAUACUGUAUUUUGUGUAUAUAAAUGAAACAUAUAUUUUACUUUGGAAUUUGUUAAAAAAUUAAAUAAAGGAUUCACACUGAUU